AUGUUGGGAUAACGAAAUUGCAAGUUCUAAUAAUUUUCUUUUCUUUUAUAGUUUUAAUUCUAUAUUCUUUAUCUUUUGGGAUACCCCAACUAUUUUGGGUUGGUUCGUAGUAGUCCUCUCUGCAACCUGCAGCAAGAUUUUCUCUCUCAUCCCAACACACUGUUGCUGCAACAACAGCGUGACAUUUUAGUUAAGAGACUAGAAGAUGGACUACAUGUAUGGACCAGGAAGGCAUCAUCUGUUUGUUCCAGGACCUGUCAAUAUCCCGGAACCUGUUAUUCGAGCAAUGAAUCGAAACAACGAGGAUUAUCGUUCACCAGCCAUUCCAGCGCUCACAAAAACACUUCUUGAAGAUGUCAAGAAGAUCUUCAAAACUACCACUGGAACACCAUUUAUCAUCCCCACUACAGGUACUGGUGCAUGGGAAAGUGCACUUACAAACACAUUAUCUCCUGGAGAUCGAACAAUAUCCUUCCUGAUAGGACAAUUUAGUUUGCUCUGGAUUGAUCAGCAGAAACGCCUUGGCUUCAAUGUUGAUGUCAUUGAGAGUGAGUGGGGGCGAGGUGCUGACCUUGAAGCUAUGUCUUCAAAGAUAGCAGCUGAUACUGCACAUACUGUUAAGGCUAUCUGUAUCGUCCAUAAUGAGACUGCAACUGGUGUUACCAACAAUUUGGCCACUGUCCGGAGGAUUUUGGACCAUUACAAUCACCCGGCACUCCUCCUUGUUGAUGGCGUGUCAUCGAUCUGUGCAUUAGAUUUCCGCCAGGAUGAGUGGGGAGUAGAUGUUGCUUUGACUGGCUCUCAGAAGGCACUCUCUCUUCCAACUGGAAUGGGUAUUAUUAGUGCAAGCCCCAAAGCUCUAGAGGCAACCAAGACAGCUAAAUCCGUCAGAGUUUUCUUUGAUUGGAAUGACUACUUGAAGUUUUACAAGAUGGGAACUUACUGGCCUUACACUCCAUCUAUCCAACUCCUCUAUGGUCUUCGAGCCGCUUUGGAUCUGAUAUUUGAGGAAGGUCUUGACAAUGUCAUUGCAAGGCACAGCCGCCUUGGAAAAGCAACCAGACUUGCAGUAGAAGCUUGGGGUUUGAAAAACUGCACACAGAAAGAAGAAUGGUUCAGUGACACCGUGACUGCUGUGGUUGUUCCUCCCCACAUUGACAGUAAUGAGGUUGUAAAGAGGGCAUGGAGGAGAUAUAACAUGAGCUUAGGUCUUGGUCUGAACAAAGUUGCUGGCAAGGUUUUCAGAAUAGGGCAUCUCGGUAACAUAAAUGAGUUGCAACUGCUUGGUGCUUUGGCUGGCGUGGAAAUGAUACUUAAGGAUGUGGGUUACCCUGUUAAGCUGGGAAGUGGAGUUGCAGCUGCCGCUGCUUACCUGCAGAACAGCACACCAAUGAUAACAUCUAGGAUCUGAUGCAGCAUCUUGCUUAUUUUCCAUGUAAUUAUCUUCCUUUAUUGGUAUACUCUUGUAAAAACUAAUAUGUAAUAUUUACGCGCUCUCUCUCUCCCUCUGCUGCCUGUACUGUUUUAAGGCUUCUUCGGACAUUCACAGCCAUUUGUGCUGCUUUAUUAUAUUUGGAAACCUUCAAAACAAA